AUAGGGACUGGGGGACCCCCUCAGCCAGUCCAGCCUUUCAAGUCUCAAAGGUCCGUUCUGGCCGACGUGUGGGUCGACAUGGGUGUCAUUGAGAUGAAGGAGGAUCCCACUGGAGAGGCCAACAAACAACCAAACACGCCUAACCUUCUCAACUGGCGACGCUCGGAUAAACAGAAAGAGGCCAAGUCUGGAAAUGGUCAGCACAAGAAGACUGUCCAGGCUGCAACACCGGCGCCCGUCUCGCUUCCAGCCCUCGACCGCAACAAAAACGCAAAGAAACGACACGACAAAGGGACCGCGAAAGAGAAGGGAAGACGAAACAACACAACGAGACGAAAACAAGAAAAAUCGAGACACGCAUAAGAAAAAGGAUACCGACGAGGGCGGAGAACAGAUGUCGCAGUCCUCCGCGUCAGAAAGCACUUCUGAAAGUUCCUGCUCCACUGAAGGAAAGAGAAUCCAGGAGGGACCUCUAGAGGAUGAAUAUGACGACAGCGAUGCUCUGGACCCACCGCCAAGUCCAGCACCCAUUGUGGACGAGCCCGAACGAGUGAAGGUGAUGUACACAGCCGUGUGCCUCGACACGCGGACCGUGCCCAGCCAGCGCUACAUCCGGGAGAUUUGGCGGCAACGUGUCGUGGUUUGUCACCAGGGUCUGGACCACAGGCAGGGCAAGGCCAUCGCUGUGUCUCUGAAGAAGAACUACACUGUUCGCGAGCUUUACCUGAGGGACAACAAACUCGGCGCAAAUGGAUUUGAAUACCUAUUCAAUGGACUCAUACUGAACAACACACUGAGGCUGUUAGAUGUUUCUCAGAACGACCUAGGGACUGAAGGUGCCGAACUGUUAGCCGCUCUGAUUACUCGAGAAACACCGUUGGAAUGCAUACUUAGUGCAGGCAAUUGCUUUGGGGACAUGGCUGCCAAGUUCUUGGGAGAAGCCCUCAAGAGUAACGAUCGAUUGUUGGAACUCGACUUGAGUUGCAACCUGUUUGAGAUCGGUUCAGGAAAAAGCUUAGCCGAAGGCUUAGCACAAAAUAUGAAUCUUAAGUGGCUGGACCUGAGCUACAAUCAUUUUAGACAUGCGGGUCUGCUGGCACUUCUGACUGGUUUAAAGCAGAACACCGGCCUCCGAAGCUUGAGUCUGGCGUGGAGCUGUCUGGACAGUAGACACGUGAUCGCCCUGGGCAAAAGCCUGCAGGACAACUGCUGCCUCCUGUCCCUCGACCUGUCCGGCUGCCGUCUGAACUCCGCCGCCAUCUUGAAGCUGCUCACCACCCUCCAGGGCAACACUUCGCUCAAGACACUGAAUGUCUCUGACAACCCUUUCCCGAUAUGCGAGAAUAUCAAGCUGCUGAGCAAGCUGAAACUUAUGGACUCACUGGCUAUAGAAAAUGUAUAUAUGAGUAACAUCAAGAGGACAGCGAGCUGGAGGACAUGAUCCACAACCUGCGGGAGGCCAAGCCGACCUUUACUCUCAACUACCGCAACGACGACAGAGGCGACGAGGUGUUGAUGCGCCACAUGACGAGGGGCCUGGUCAGGCAUCGCUCCGACCCUCUGCUCCUCCUCCUGGACCACGUGCACGCCAAGAAUACGGACAUCGCUGGCUUGUUACUGUCGUGCAGCAGCCUCGACAAUCAGAAAGUUGUCAAGCGACAUGCGUUUGUUCGUGGUCUGAUGGACUUUGGCAUCAAUUUGACUAUGGAGCAGGUGAACAGUCUGAUAGCCAUGUUUGACCCAGAGGCCGACUGGGAAAUCGAAAUCGAUCACGUGGUUGACCUCUGCCAGCGGUACCGGCAAAAGACUUGGUGGGAGUUGGAGGAGGAGGAAGCGCAGCUGCAGCAAAUCGUCAGGCCCUCGGAAGAUAAAAAUGUAAAAAGUGACUAUGAUGACCAGGAUGUCAUGUGAGAAAGACUACUUCAGACCAGAUCCAGUCUUGCUUAAGCUUCAUUCCCUAAAUUCCCCGUGUGUGCUGUUGCUGCCCUCAGUAUGGCAGCAAGCUGGCGCCUACAUCGUGUUCAAAUAUUUCAGUCAAGAAUUCAUCAUUGGUACUGACUCUGAGCAUUUGUAUUGAAACAAAUCCGUAGGCAUGCUGAAUAUUCAUGUUCACUCAGAUCGACUGUCAGUGUGUGUGUUUCUGCGUUCCCGCAUAUGUAUGUGUGUGUGUGAGCUUGUGUAAAUUUGUGUGAAUUUGUGUGAAUCUGUGUGAAUUUGUGUGAUCUUUGUCCGUUAGUGUUAGUGAGUGUACGAGCCAUUUAGAGAAUGAAAAAGCUUAUCGACAAUUUCAAGGGAUGUAACUUCUAAUAAAACACACUGACGAUUUUACGUGUGUUACCUCCCUUACCCGGAGAUAAGGUGUAGCAUCUACUACACUUUUAUGUUUAAAAUAAGCAUUAUACACCCAUUUGUGAUAUCGAAGCAUUCCUCGACUGAAUAAUGUCUUGCAGUAGUAAGAUUUUAAAAGCUCGGGGGGAAAUCCAUGUCAUGAAAACAUCACUCAAAAGACUCACUUGAAGGACAGAACCUCAAGAAGAGUUUUUUUUAUAUACUAUUUACU